ACAUGAUUGACUGUCAGGAACAUUGUCACAAAAACCUGAUUAGGUUGUUCUGAAUGUUUGUAUUGUACACCAUUGAGUCGUAACAACGUGAAUAUUUUAAAAGAAAGUAAAAUAUUUCUUCUCUAUUUUGCAAUAACAAUAAAAUCCCAAAACUAUGCCAAAAGUAGUGGAGCCAGACGAAGAGACUGCAGAAAUGCAGGCUCUCUUCAAAAAGUCGCAUCCGCUCUACGACCUCUCCAAUGUUAAAGACGAUGAAAGUUUCAAUAGAAUUCUCAUGACUGCCGAUCCAAGCAGAAAACUAGGGACCGCAAAACCAGGAUCCGCAAUGAGACUAGGAACAUCUACUGGGUUUCAGCGACAAAAUACUGCGAUGGUCAUCCCUGGAUCCGCAUUUCGUCCAGGUACGCAAUUUCGUCCACCAACAGGUUCUGAAGGAGUUAACAGACCAAUGACUGCGGUUCGAGGAGCUGGGUAUACAUCCCAGAAACAAAUGUUUGAUCCACUUAAUCAAGCUGCUACUGUUACACCUGCAUUGGAAACUUUAAAAGAUGAUUCUCCUGAAGAAAAGGUCCGAGUUGCCGAACUUAAAAUUAUGCAACUCGUAGAAGAAUCAUGUGUAGCGAACGCUGAAGGUAACACGCGAAAAGCUCUCAGUAAAGCAAAGGAAGCUUCUAACAAGGAGCGCAGUCUAAUACGUAUGCAGGAGCAAGCAGGACUCGGCGAACAUCACAAUAUGGAUCUUACCUAUUCAGUUCUUUUCACUUUGGCAAAUCAGUACGCGGUUAAUGAAUUAUACACCGAAGCUUUAAAUACUUAUCAAUUGAUCACUAAAAACCGCAUGUUUUCAAAUGCGCAUAGACUAAAAGUAAAUAUGGGAAAUAUUUUGUUCAAACAGGAACAAUUUCACAAAGCUAUCAAGAUGUACCGCAUGGCUUUAGAUCAGGUGCCUUCAAGUCAUAAAAAUUUAAGAAUUAAGAUUAUGCAUAAUAUUGCAAUGGUGUUCAUCAAAAUGGCGCAGUAUGAAGAAGCUAUAACAAGUUUGGAAUAUAUUAUGAGCGAACAACCUAAUCAUCGCGCCGGUUUACAUUUGGUUCUAUGUUGUCGCGCGCUUGAAGAUAAAGAACGAAUGCGCAGUGCAUUCGCCAUUUUGUUAGGCGUACCAUUAGAAUUGGAAGAUGAAGAGAAAUACAGUUCGGAUCAAGACAAUCCGGAAGAUAUUCUAAUUGCUUCGUCGAUUCGUAAUGAUGAUUUGCACAUUUACGAAAUGAAAAGGCGCACGGAUGCGGAAUACUGUAUUUUGACUUCGGCAAAAACCAUCGCACCGUUGAUAGAAGAUACUUUCAGUGCUGGGUAUGAUUGGUGUGUUGAAACAAUUAAAAGUUCAGAAUAUGCUCGCCUAGCAGGCGAAUUGGAAAUCAACAAAGCUGUAAUGUUCUUAAAACAAGGGCAACUGAAUAACGCGAUUGAUACAUUGAAAGCUUUUGAUAAAGAAUCUAAUAUUGCUACAAGCGCUGCAACCAAUCUAAGUUUUAUAUACUACUUACAAGGGGAUUAUGAUAAUGCUGAGAAGUAUGGUGAGAUUGUCAAACAUUCUGAUGGCUACAACGCAGGUGGAUUUGUUAAUUUAGGCGCAUGUGCCCUGGCUCGUAAUAACUUGGAAGAAGCUCGGAAUUAUUUUGUGAAUGCGUUGGAUUGUGAUCCAUCCAGUGUUGAGGCAUUGUAUAAUCUGGGCUUGGUGUUGAAGCAGCAGGGAAAUAAUGAAGAAGCCCUCGAAUGUUUCCAGAAAUUUACUGGAUCUUUAGCUUUGUUACCCGAAGUGACUUAUCAAAUAGGUUGUCUCUUAGAACGACUGGGUGAUAGCGAAGCUGCAGCUGAAUCUUUUCAACAACUCUUGGGACUUGUACCGUCGGAUGCUAAAGUAUUACAGAAGCUUGGAGAAUUGUAUGAUCACGAUGGUGAUAAGCAACAGGCACAUCACUAUCAUAUUGACUCGUACCGGUUUUACCCAGCCGCAUUGUCGGUUAUUGACUGGUUGGGCUCGUACUAUAUUGAAAUGCAGGUGGUUGAAAAAGCUCUGAAGUAUUUUCAGAAGGCAGCCGUUAUGCAACCGAACAAUCCAAAAUGGAUGAUGAUGGUGGCAGGAUGCCACCGGCGCAGUGGUAACUUACACAAGGCUUUAACACUUUAUCAAGAUAUUCACAAGCAGUUUCCUGAUAAUGUGGAAUGCUUGCAAUUCCUUGUGCGCUUGUGUAGCGAUUUGGGAUUACGUGAGGCGCAAGAGUAUGCUCUCGAAUUAAAGAAAAUAGAAAAGUCACGCGAGGUGCGUGAACGUGUCGGAAGCAGUCGGCCCGGGUCACGUCGUUCAAACAGUGGAUUAUCAUCCAGAGCUGGUUCUGGCUUUGCGUCUGUUCCGGAAAAUGCUGUGAUGUCACCUAUUGGAUCUGGUCAUAAAUCGUUAAGAAGUUCGAAACUUUUGAAUAUGCACUAUAGUGCUGGCAGCGGUGAUUCUGGUUUUGCCCCAGGACCUCACGAUUUCUCCUAUAGCGAUCCAUUGGGCCCGAUGCCGGUUAGACCACGCACUGGUGCGGGCAAACCAAUUGAUUUCGAUGAUUUCGCUGAUGAACAAAUCGGCGAUGACUUGUUACCAGAGUAAAAAUCGCACUAGCUGUUUUCAAACACGUUUUAAAAUACAUAUAAAAAGCUCUACAAUCACAGGAUUAUUAUGAUAACUUUCACAAUUAAAUACCGAUAUAAAAACAAAACAAAAGCCAACAACGCGAAAAUUUAUGUGUGUUCCGUGUAUCGACCCAAGACAAUCGCACGCAGCAAUGGUGACACAUCAUUUGGAUCCUGCAACACGUCAACCAACAUUUUUUCGAUAUUGCGCAUUAUAGCCACUUUUUGAUGUCCUUUUAACGGAUAUGUCACUGAACCAUUUGGCUUUGCCUAUAAUUACUAGUUUAGAUAAUAAAUUAAAUAAAACAAGACACAGA